AGAGUGAGAGAGAGAGGCACACUGCUGCUAUCACACACACACAUACACAGACACACACACAGACUCGCGCGCGCCCAUGAGACUAUAUUUGGGAGUGAUUGCAGAGUGAAACAGUUGGUGACGGAGCUGCUGGAUGUUUCUGACACCGGUAACAACUAGCAGGUAUUGAUCUGGCUGCAGAGCCGUGAAGACAAACAGAUACAGACAUGAUCCCUUAUUCUCCCUGAGGAACUGACCAAUCAGCAGUCAGGAUGAUGCCUAAGCAGCUGGCUCAGACGUCUCCAGGGAGUGUGUUGUCGCUGAGAGGGUCCAGCGUCCCAGGAUCCCCUGCUGCCGCCAUCGUGGUCAGAGUGGAGGACGGGGUUAUCGGCUAUAAGGACUUGGCAGCGUUACCAAGAGACAAAGCCAUCCUGGAUAUAGAGAGACCAGAUCUGAUGAUCUACCAGACCCACUACAGCUACAGUCCACUGGAGAGGUCCUUGUCUCCUCGCUCCAUCUCUCCUCCUCCCUCCCCAGAGAAGGAGUCCAGGGAGUGGCUGGAGAACCGGUCUCCUGGAGGUUCCUCCCCUUGUUCCACCAUCCAGACCAGCAGUACACACAGCACACGAACCCCACCGACACCAAACACUCCGAGCACUCCUCACACCGUACACCCCUCUGGUACCAAGAGCGCCAUGCAGCACUUCCACAGGCCCGAUAAUGGAUCCAACAUUUAUAAGAAGCCUCCAAUCUACAAGCAAGAUGUGUGUGUGUCCUCUCAGCUGCCUCAGGGGAAGCACAUUGAGGAUCUGAUCAUCGAGUCUUCAAAGUUUCCAGCAGCUCAGCCUCCGGACCCCAACCUGCCCUCCAAGAUAGAGACCGAGUACUGGCCCUGCCCCCCCUCCCUGGCUGUUAUUGAGAAGGAGUGCAGGAAGAAGGAUCAGAGAGAUGAAGAUGAAGAGGAGGAUGGAGAGCUGGAUGAUGAGCUGUGGGGACUGAGAGCGCUUCAGAAACAAGAACUCAACAAGAUUCAGUCUAAUCUGGGAAAAAUCAUCCUGAAGGAGGAGUUGGAGAAAUCUGCUGCUCCUCUGAGGAGGAAAACUCGCUCACUACCGGACCGAAGCCAACACGCUGGGUCCAACGCCUCCAAGUCAGUGUAUUUCCCAGCAUCCUCUAAAAGCGGCCUGUCCAGGGUGAGUCCUGCUGAACAGAACCGUCACAUCACAGCAGAGUGUACUGCAGACGGUGAUGAAGAUGUUUCUGUUUGUUUUCAGCUGCAGUCAGCAGAGUUCAGCUCCUCUGAGAAAACUCCGGCAGAUCUUCAGAAUGGAGACUCCAGGAUGGACAGAGGAAACUCUCUCCCCAGCAUGUUGGAACACAAGAUCUGCCCCUAUGAGGUGCUGGUGGUGACCCACAGAGGGCGGAGCAAAGUGCCCCCCGGUGUGGACAGAACCAGGCUGGAGAGACACCUCUCUCAGGAGGAGUUCUUCAGUGUUUUCGGGAUGUCCAUCGAGGAGUUCGACCACCUCUCUCUCUGGAAGAGGAACAACCUGAAGAAGAAAGUAUGUCUCUUCUGACGCAGUUGGGACCGCAUCUCCCACAAUCCCCCUGCUCUUCCUGGAUCACUGCAGCAUCUUGAAACCACCAAGACUCAUUAUUAUCAGCACCGCCACCACUACUAGCAGCACCAUCAUCACAGUCAGACGCUCAGUGAGACGUCAGGUUUGAAUUACAGUGAAGGUUUGAAUGAAAACACAGAGUGGCUUUAGGUUCCUGCUGCACACAUGAACUCCACCUGUUUUAAAGCAGAGCUGCAGAACUUCUGUUUCAUAAGCUUCAGUCUCUAGAUGCCUGUGGAAAUGUGUUCAUAAAUAAAUUACAGCGUGAGCACAGGUCAGGUGAAGAUGUGGAAGCACAGAGCAGGUUGGUCUUUAAUGGCUUUUGAUGCGCGUUUUGGAAGUUUGUACUCAAACCCAGUGGGUUUGACCUGGAAAUGAAGAGCCCGGUCACACCGGCAUUUUUAAAAGCAAACGUUAGAAUUUAAUUAAUUAUAAUUACAGAGAAAUCACUGCAAUCUGUAGAUUUGCUUCUGUAGGCAAAAUAAUUCCAUUUCAACUUUAACAAGUACAUUUGAGGCUGUUCGGACGCUCCAGCUACAGAGCUCAAAGCACUGCAACUUAAAGACACACACAAAAAAGGUGCAAAUUAAGAGUAAAUUAAUACCAGAUUUGUUUGUGUUUUUAUUGAUUUUCAAAAUGAUGAAGACGUUGUUUUUCAUUUGCUUGUGUUUUCUUAAGUUACUGUGUGUUUCGAGCUCUUUCAACCACCGUAGAACUGGAGAGUCCAUCAUAUGAGCUGCCAUCCCGUUUUAUACAAUGCUAUGCUGAUUUAAAAACCUCUCCCCCAAGAAAAGAUGCACCGUAAUUUGCAGUCAGGAGGUCGAUUACGGCGCUACUUCCCCGGCCUGCUACUGAUAGCCUUGCGAGCUAUUUUGGCUGGCUAACACCAGUUAGUUACCAGCUAGUUAACAUGUUACCAGUUAGCUCACCAGCCAGCAGCUCAGCAAGUUAUCUGGGAGUGGGUGUUAUAAAUAAAGCCCUUUAUCAUGAUGUAUAUCAUUUUAAAUAUCAAUAUACCUAUAUAGGCUAUAUCAUGAUAUUGUACAUGGAAAAUCUAAAAAUCUUUAAUGGAUAAAAUAUUCAGGCAGAAAUGUUUUAAAUAACCUAUUUUUAGAGACGCAUGAAUUAAUUUUCACUUUUCUGUGUGACCCGACGGCUCUAUCAGCUUUCUUAACUGAGAAAUAGGAGCAGCCAGAUAUGGACAUGGUUGAAGUGGUGGUAUUCUGGGAAAUGAAGUUGAUUCUACUGUUGAUCUCACUGGAGUCUCUCUGGGUUACAGAAGGUGUUAUGUUACGGAGACGGAGGAGCUUCUGCUGUUUGUUCUGACAGAGAUAUAAGAGUAAAUAUUUUAAUAUCAAGCUUCGAGCUGCAGUCGGGCUUUAAAGCAAACAUUCCUGUUAACUCUGAAUCAGGUUUCAACACAGAUACGAUGCUGACUGUAGGAAUAGACCUGUCAGCAAUCUUUAAAAAAGGAAUGUUCCUAUUGGCUUAGCCAGCUAUGAUGUCAUAAAGACAGCGUUUCUUUCCGAGCACCUAAAAAGAAAAAAAGGAGACAUUUUGAUCACAGUCUGAUGUUUAAGCUACAGUUGAUGAGGACAUGAACUUAUACUAAAUGUAUUUAUUUGAUUGAUUUAUUGUAUAAUUGUCUUUCUAUUCAUGCAAAUGAAAUUGUUUUAUAGAUGACAGUUAUGUGACAGCUCAAUAGGAGUUGGACGCAGACUUUGAACUCCAAAAAAGGGUUUCAGUUAUUAUUUAUUUGGAGAUAUGCAGCCCCAGCUUUAAUCCGUAGUGUUUUCAACAACUGAUAAUAACACUGGCGGCUGAAAAAGUUUUGAUUGGUUGAUUUGAUUAAUUAAUUAACAGAUGCAGAAACUAAAUUAACAAAGGAUAACAUGUCAAAGAAAACACAUUACCAAAAUGUAAUAAGAAUAAAAAUAUCUCCCACAUCAAAAAGCAAGGAAAGCUAAAAUUAAAAUGUCUUUACAAAUUUCAAUACAAAUCUGUAACCCUGGUGGCAUGAAGAAACCUGACUUCUGUCAGCCCUCUCAAGCAUCUCUUUUUACAAUUAACAGUUGGAAUGAUGAACGAACUUGCAAAUGACAAAUUAGUACAAAAUGUAAACUUUACUUUGGUGUUCCAUGUAUACCUCUUUACUCAAACGACUUCACCAACCACCAACCAGACUAAGAGGCAGCAUUGCUAACAUGCUGGUGAUGGUGAUUACCAUCUUUAUUUAGUGUGUUAGCAUGCUAACAUUAGCUGGUUAGCAGUAAACACAAAGUACAGCUGAGGCCGAUGGGAAUGUCAUUGUUUCUGCAGACAUUUAGUCAUAAAUCAAAGUAUUGUGUUUGUAUCUUAUGUUUCACGACGACACACUAGUGCCAUGUUCUGGUGUUCACAUGCUUUGACGGCCAUCUCAUUUAAAGUGUCCAUGAGAGAUUACAAAUGGUCCAGACUCCAGAAAAAGAUGGAAUAUGGAAUAUUAAAUCAAACUUCAUAUCAGGGUGGAGCAGCAUGUCUGCUGUCCAUCACAAAGCUCAGCUCACAUUGGCUGUGAUGAAACUGUCUCCUCCUUGU